GGGGUAUGAGAGCGCCGCGGCUCACGUGACCCGGAGGAAGGGCGGGGCCGGGAGCAAGCCGCUUCGCGCGCUGUGGAACUGACUAGACCAAAGCUGCAGGAAAAUGGACAGUGAGGUACAACGGGAUGGAAGGAUCUUGGACUUGAUUGAUGACGCUUGGCGGGAAGACAAGCUACCGUAUGAGGAUGUUGCAAUCCCACUGAGUGAGCUUCCAGAGCCUGAGCAGGACAACGGCGGCACCACAGAGUCUGUGAAGGAGCAGGAGAUGAAGUGGACAGACCUGGCCUUGCAGUGCCUCCAUGAGAACGUCCCACCUGCUACAAACUGACGCCAGCCAGGUUUCUUUCCCUUGGAUAGAGUUUUCCAAAAUACAUAGAUCAAGCAUGUUCCUUCUCUGUCUUCGAAUUCAGAUCUUUGUGUAAUAAAUCAAUACUCAAAAAACCUA